GGCUGGGGGGGCCAUCGGCCGGUGCUGCCCCCCCCAUCUCCUUCAACGAGGCGCUGCAGUACUUCCAGACAACCGACCUCUCCGAGUGCCGGGUACGGGCAGGGCCCCGCGCUCUCGUCCUCUCUCGGGGGGUAGUUUUAGUAAGCCACCUCCUCUGCGGUCCCCCCCGGCUCCAGCCGCAGCUGCAGGGAGAGCGGGAGCUGGCGCUGGCCAUGGCGCAGUGUGCUCUGAAUGACAACGAGCAAGUGCACAUGCGCAUCCUGCAGACCAUUUACAAGCAGCUGACCCGCUCCAGGCUGGGCUGCCCGCGCUAUGGGGCGCACUGGGAGGAGCUCGGCUUCCAAGGUGUGGAUCCCGGCACCGACCUGCGUGGGACGGGGAUGCUGGGGCUGAUGCAGAUCCUGCACCUCGUCAUGGACUCCCAGACGCUGCCUCUGGCCCGGGAGAUCUUCCAGCUGUCCCAGCAUGAAACCCAGAAUUUCCCCUUCUGCAUCAUGUCGGUGAACAUCACCCGCCUGGUGCUGCGGGCCCUGCGGGAGGAGCGUCUCUCCAGGGUGUGCAACCAGCGGCAGCAGGUGAUCGCCGUGCUCAACGACCUCUACGCCGCCGCCUUCCUGCAGCUCUACCGCCUCUGGAAGGGGCAGCACAAAACCAUCGCUGACUCCGACCUCCUCCUCAAAGAGCUGGAGGCGUCCACCAAAAAGAAACCAAAGCAGCUCCUGAAGUCCCUGGAGGCCUUCGUGAACCGAAUUGCUCCAGGUGAGGCCUCUGUGCUCCCUCCCUUCCCGGCCUCCGUGCCUCAGUUUCCCCCUUCACACAAUCCAAAUUACAGCCCUGGGUGA